AUGAAUCCCCCAACUGUCAAAUUUGUAUCAGAAUGCUUUAUCAAACCCAAAUACAGUUCAGAAGAGUCGAAGAAACCUGUGUAUUUGGCACCAUGGGAUCUUAUGAUGCUGUCGGUGCAUUACAUCCAAAAGGGCCUUCUCUUUCCCAAGCCUCCAGGUUUUGAUGAAAAUUCACUUAAGGAUCUGCUGCAAAAGCUUAAAGAGUCACUCUCUCUCACUCUCGUCCAUUUCUUCCCAUUAGCUGGCCGCCUUGCGACUUUGCAGCAAGAUGAGCCUCCUCUUUACACCGUCUAUAUCGACUGUGUUCAUAGUCCUGGGGCCAGAUUUAUUCAGGCAUCGCUCGAUUUGAGCGUCUCUGAUAUUCUGUCACCAACUGAUGUUCCCCUUCUUGUUCAAUCGUUCUUUGAUCAUGACAGGGCAAUCAAUCAUGAUGGUCACACCUCGUCCUUGUUAACAAUUCAAGUGACAGAACUGAUUGAUGGCGUAUUCAUUGGAUGUUCAAUUAAUCAUGUGGUUACUGAUGGAACCUCUUUCUGGCAUUUUUUUAAUGCAUGGUCUGAGGUUUUCAAAGCAAAAGUUGAGAACAAUUUAACCAUUUCUAGGCCACCUAUUCACAAGCAUUGGUUUCCUGAAGGGCAUGGUCCAAUUCUCAAUCUCCCUUUUACUCAUCAAGAUCAAUUCACCAGUAGACACGAUGCUCCUCUAAUGAGGGAAAGAGUUUUCCACUUUUCUUCCGAGUCACUGGCAAAACUCAAGGGAAAAGCCAACUCUGAAUCCAAUAGCACCAAGAUUUCGACUCUUCAGGCAUUGUCUGCUCAUAUAUGGAGGUGUGUCACAAGGGCUCGGGGAUUUUUACCAGAUGAGAAAACCAACUGCAGAUUGGCUAUCAAUAACAGAACAAGGUUGAAUCCACCCUUACCUAACGACUACUUUGGAAAUUGCAUACAGACAGUGAAAGCAACCACCACAGCUGGAGAGUUGCUAGGGAACAGCCUAGGAUGGGCGGCUUGGCAGUUGCAGCAGGUCGUGAUCAACCAUACCGACAAGAAGGUACUUGACUGGGUUGAUUCCUGGAUCCAAACUCGCUUUAUAUAUCAGCUCGGGCAAUUCUUUGAUACUUCAAGCAUAAUGAUGGGGAGUUCACCAAGGUUUGAUAUGUACGGGAACGAAUUUGGACUGGGAAAAGCAUUGGCAAUUCGCAGUGGAUAUGCAAACAAAUUUGAUGGGAAAGUAUCAUUAUAUCCAGGAAUUGAAGGUGGGACAAGCAUGGACUUGGAGAUCUGCCUUCAACCACAUUUCAUGAAAGCUCUUGAAUCUGACCUAGAGUUUAUGGACACAGUAUGCUUCUAA